AUGGCGAGCGAAGGAAUGAUUCAUGAUCCCAAUGAUCCAGAAUUUCAAGAAUCAAUGAAAUAUUUAGCAUUACCGACUGAAGAAAAAAUUAAACUUCGAUCUCAGCCAUUUGAUGCUAAAAAAGCAUGUUGGAUACCAGAUCCAAAAGAAUCAUUUAUUGCUGCUGAAAUUGAAAGUACAAAAGAUGAUCAAGUUACAGUAAAAACUAGCAAAGGAGAAACUAGAACAGUUAAAAAAGAUGAUGUUCAACAAAUGAAUCCACCGAAAUAUUCUUGUUCUGAUGAUAUGGCUGAUUUAACCUAUCUGAAUGAUGCUUCAGUUUUAGCUAAUUUACGUGAUCGUUAUUCACGAUGGCUUAUUUAUACAUAUUCAGGUUUAUUUUGUGUUGUUAUAAAUCCAUAUAAACGUUUACCAAUUUAUACUAUGAAAGUUGUUCUUGCUUAUCGUGGUAAAAAACGUACUGAAGUUGCUCCACAUCUGUAUGCUAUAUCUGAUAAUGCUUAUUCAAAUAUGCUUAGAGAUCGUGAAAAUCAAUCAAUGUUGAUUACAGGCGAAUCAGGUGCUGGUAAAACAGAAAAUACGAAAAAAGUUAUUCAAUAUUUUGCUUUGGUCGCUGCAGUUGGUGCGAAAAAAGAAGAAGGAAAGAAAACUAUGACACUUGAAGAUCAAAUUGUAUCAGCUAAUCCUGUAUUAGAAGCUUAUGGUAAUGCAAAAACUACUCGAAAUAAUAAUUCAUCUCGAUUUGGUAAAUUUAUUCGUAUUCAUUUUGGUAGUGCUGGAAAGAUUGCUGGAGCUGAUAUUGAAGUUUAUCUAUUGGAAAAAUCUCGAGUUAUCUUUCAGCAACCAGCUGAACGUAACUAUCAUAUAUUCUAUCAACUCUGUUCAAAUGCAUUUCCUGAUUAUCACAAGGAAUGUCUUAUUGAAAAUGAUCCAUCAAAAUACUUUUAUGUUGCUCAAGGUAUGCUUACAAUUGAUAAUGUUGAUGAUGUUGAAGAAAUGCGACUUACUAAUGAAGCAUUUGAUAUUUUGGGUUUUACUCAGGAAGAAAAGAUUAAUUUAUUUAAAUGUACUUCAGCUAUUAUGCAUUUUGGGAAUUCUCAAUGGAAACAACGACCUCGAGAAGAACAAGCUGAAGCUGAAGGUACACAAGAAUGUGAAAAAGUUGCACAUUUACUUGGUAUUGAAGCUGCUGAUCUUAUUAAAGGAUUACUUAAACCUCGUAUUAAGGUUGGAAAUGAGUAUGUUAAUAAAGGUCAAAAUAAAGAUCAAGUAAUUAAUUCAAUAGGUGCUUUAUCAAAAUCAAUUUAUUAUCGUAUAUUUUGUUGGUUAGUCGAACGUGUUAAUACAACGCUUGAUAUAAAAGCUAAACGACAAUAUUUUAUUGGUGUACUUGAUAUUGCUGGUUUUGAAAUAUUUGAAUUUAAUGGUUUUGAACAAUUAUGUAUUAAUUAUACAAAUGAACGUCUUCAACAAUUUUUCAAUCAUCAUAUGUUUGUAUUAGAACAAGAAGAAUAUAAAAAAGAAGGUAUACAGUGGGAAUUUAUUGAUUUUGGAAUGGAUUUACAAGCUUGUAUUGAUCUUAUUGAAAAGCCAAUGGGAAUUCUUUCUAUUCUUGAAGAAGAAUGUAUUGUACCUAAAGCUACAGAUAAGACAUUUGUUGAAAAACUUUAUAAUAAUCAUUUGGGAAAACAUCCACAAUUUGGAAAACCAAAACCUGGUAAAGGUAAAGUUGAAGCAAACUUUGAAAUUCAUCAUUAUGCUGGUACGGUUCCUUAUACGGCUACAUCAUGGUUAGAAAAAAAUAAAGAUCCUAUCAAUACAACUGUUGCUAGUCUUUUUGCAAAAUCAAAAAAUGUUAUGUUAAGUCAUCUCUUUACUGAUGUAGUUGAAGAAGAAGGUGCUGGUGGUAAAGCAGCCGGUGGAAAAAAGAAAGGUGGUGGCAGUAUGCAAACUAUUUCAGCUACACAUCGUGAACAAUUAAACAAAUUAAUGAAUAAUUUAAAACAAACUCAUCCACAUUUUGUUCGUUGUAUUAUUCCAAAUGAAAUAAAAACUGGUGGUGUACUUGAUUCACAUUUAGUUAUGCAUCAAUUAACAUGUAAUGGUGUACUUGAAGGUAUACGUAUAUGUCGUAAAGGUUUUCCAAAUCGAAUGAUUUAUUCGGAAUUUAAACAACGUUAUUCAAUUUUGGCACCAAAUGCUAUACCAAAAGGUUUUGUUGAUGCAAAAAAAGCAACAGAAAAUAUUCUUAAAGAUGUUGCAUUAAGUGAAGAAUUAUAUCGUUGUGGUACAACAAAAGUAUUUUUUAAAGCCGGAACAUUAGGUGAAUUAGAAGAUUUGCGUGAUGCUGCUUUAUCGAAAAUUAUUGCUAGUUUACAAGGACAAAUACGUGGUUAUAUUAUGAGAAAAGAAUAUAAGAAAAUGUUAGAUCAACGUUUAGCUUUAUCUAUUUUACAACGUAAUUGUCGUAAAUAUUUAUCAUUACGUAAUUGGCCAUGGUGGAUAUUAUAUACAAAAGUAAAACCACUUUUAUCAGUUGCAAGACAAGAAGACGAAAUGAAAAAACUUGAAGAAGAAUUUAAAGCAUUAAAAGAAGCUUUAGAAAAAGAAGAAAAAUUACGAAAAGAAAUAGAAGAUAAUAAUGCAAAAUUAAUUCGAGAAAAAAAUGAUUUAUUUCAACAAUUAGAAUCUGAACGAGCUGGUGUAUUAGAAGCUGAAGAACGUUUUACUCGAUUAGUUACACAAAAAGCUGAUCUUGAACAACAAAUCAAAGAUUUAGAAGAACGUUGUAAUCAAGAAGAAGAAAUUAAUCAAGAAGUAAAUAAUAAACGAAAAAAAUUAGAACAUGAAAUUGAUAGUUUAAAAAAAGAUAUUGAUGAUAUACGUUUAAAUUUACAAAAAUCUGAUAAUGAAUGUAAAACACGUGAUAAUCAAAUUCAUACAUUACAAGAUGAAAUUGCACAUCAAGAUGAAACAAUUGCAAAAUUAACACGUGAACGUAAACGUCUUGAAGAACAAAAUUCUAAAGUAAAUGAACAAUUACAAAGUGAAGAAGAUAAAGUUAAUCAUUUAAAUAAAUUAAAAACAAAACUUGAACAAACACUUGAUGAAUUAGAAGAUAAUUUAGAACGUGAAAAAAAGACUCGUAAUGAUUUAGAUAAAAAUAAACGAAAAUUAGAAAAUGAUAUAAAAACAUUACAAAAUAAUUUUGAAGAUUUACAAAAAUCAAAACAUGAUUUAGAAGAACAAUUUAAACGUAAAGAUCAAGAAAUACAACAAAUGAAUGGACGUCUUGAAGUUGAACAAGGACAAACAACUAAUCUUAAUAAAAAAAUCAAAGAAUUACAAAGUCGUAUUGAAGAAUAUGAAGAAGAAAUUGAAAAUGAAAGACAAUUAAGAAAUAAAAGUGAAAAACAACGAAGUGAUUUAGCAAGAACAAUUGAUGAAAUGAAUGAACGAUUAGAAGAAGCUGGUGGUGCAACAUCAACACAAGUUGAAAUGAAUAAAAAACGUGAAACAGAAUUAGCUAAACUUCGUCGAGAUUUAGAAGAAGCUAAUCUUCAACAUGAAGCAACAACUGCACAAUUAAGAAAAAAACAUCAAGACGCUGUUAAUGAAAUGGGAGAACAAAUUGAUCAAUUACAAAAAUUAAAAAAUAAAUUAGAAAAAGAUAAACAAACAAUGAAAUCAGAAUUAGAUGAUCUUCGUAUACAAAUUGAUUAUAUACAAAAAGGUAAAAUAACUGCUGAAAAAUUAUCCAAACAACUUGAACAACAAUUAAAUGAAAUACAUAUUAAACUUGAUGAACAUAUUAAACAAAUUACGGAUUUAAAUCAUCAAAAAUCAAAAUUAUCUAGUGAAAAUUCUGAUUUAGUUCGACAACUUGAAGAAAUUGAACAUCAAAUUAAUAGUUUAACAAAAGCUAAAACAACACUACAACAACAACUUGAUGAAGCUAAAAGAACAAUUGAUGAAGAAUUACGUGGUAAAGGUUCAGUUGGUUCACAAAUACGUCAUUUAACUGAUGAUCUUGAACAAACUCGAGAACAACUUGAAGAAGAACAAGAAAUGAAAAGUGAAUUUCAACGACAAAUUGCAAAACUUAAUGUUGAAAUACAACAAUGGAAAGCUCGUUAUGAAUCUGAAGGUAUUGCUCGUAGUGAAGAACUCGAAGAAGCAAAACGAAAAUUAGCUAUAAAAUUAUCUGAAGCUGAAGAACAAGUCGAAGCAGCAUUGAAUAAAUGUAAUGCUUUAGAAAAAGUUAAAACUCGUCUUCAAGGUGAAGUUGAAGAUCUUAUGGUUGAUGUUGAACGUGCUAAUACUAAUGCUUCGACUAUGGAUAAAAGACAAAAACAAUUUGAUAAAUUAAUAAAUGAAUGGAAACAAAAAUGUGAAAAUACGACUAUUGAACUCGAAACAUCCCAAAAGGAAGCACGUCAAUAUUCAACUGAAUUAUUUAAACUUAAAAAUCAAUAUGAAGAAUCACAUGAACAAAUCGACGCACUUAGAAAAGAAAAUAAAAAUUUAGCUGAUGAAAUUAAAGAUCUUAUGGAUCAAUCAGGUGAAGGUGGAAAAAAUAUUCAUGAAAUUGAUAAAGCUCGUAAACGUGCUGAAUUAGAAAAAGAAGAAUUACAAGUUGCUUUAGAAGAAGCUGAAUCUGCACUUGAACAAGAAGAAGCUAAAGUUCUUCGUACACAAAUGGAAUUAAGUACAAUACGUCAAGAAAUUGAUCGACGAAUUCAUGAAAAAGAAGAAGAAUUUGAAAAUACAAGACGUAAUCAUGCACGUACAAUUGAAUCAAUGCAAGCAAGUUUAGAAGCUGAAUCACGAUCAAAAGUUGAAAUACUUAAACAAAAAAAAAAACUUGAAUCAGAUAUUAAUGAACUUGAAAUUACACUUGAUCGUGCUAAUCGUACAAAUAUUGAUUCACAAAAAACAUUAAAAAGACUUCAACAAAAUCUUUCAGAUUUACAAACACAAAUUGAACAUGAACGACAACAACGUGAUGAAGCUCGUGAAACAGCUAUUAAUGCUGAACGUCGUUCUAAUAUUAUCACAGGUGAAAUUGAAGAAUUACGUACUGCUUUAGAACAAGCUGAACAUGCUCGUAGAGCUGCUGAACAAGAAUUACAUGAUAUUGCCGAUCGUAUUAGUGAUUUAAAUACACAAAAUGCUAAUUUAUCAUCACAAAAACGACAACUUGAAUCAACAGCUUCAGUUAUGCAAGCAGAUUUAGAUGAAGCUAUUAGUGAACUUAAGAGUAGUGAAGAACGAGCAAAGAAAACUAGUACUGAUGCUGUACGUCUUGUCGAAGAAUUACGUCAAGAACAAGAACAUGUUAUUAAUGUUGAACGAUUACGUAAAGGUCUUGAACAACAAGUUAAAGAUCUUCAAGUACGUCUUGAUGAAGCUGAAGGAAAUUCACUUAAAGGUGGAAAACGUGUUAUUGCUAAACUUGAACAACGUAUUCAUGAAUUAGAGAAUGAAAAUGAAUUAGAACAACAUCGUCAUCAAGAAACACUUAAAGAAUUACGUAAAAAUGAUCGUCGUUUGAAAGAAUUAGUAUGUCAAGUAGAAGAAGAUCGAAAAAAUCAAUUAAAUUUAAAAGAUUUCAAUGAAAAAUUGCAAAAAAAAAUUAAAAUCUAUAAACGUCAAGUUGAAGAAGCUGAAGAAAUUGCUGGAAUUAAUUUAUCUAAAUUUCGUAAAGUUCAAUCUGAACUUGAAGAUGCAACUGGAAGAGCUGAUACAGCUGAAAAUCAACUCAAUAAAUUACGUGCCAAAAAUCGUUCUUCCGCUAGUACUAGUCGUACUUCUCCAGCACACGAUUUACGCGAAUCAAUGGUUAAUCCACGAGGAAAUUCAACAAUUCGUGGUAGUUCAGUUCAUCAACGUUAA